AAGGUCAUCUGUUUUGUGCGUUGGGUGUGUGUAGGACUUAGCAUCUUUGCCUUGUUCUAUGGUACCGAGUGAACACAUUUCAGACCCUUCCCCUCCACCAGUUUUAUUAAAGUGUGCUAGUGGUUUCCAUAGACAGUAUGCAUUAGUAUUACAAAGGAGGAUAAUUACAUUACUUUCGUGGUUUGACCACCUGUAGGCUCUAACUAAAUUGGGUUAGACGCCUAUGGUUAUCUAUAAGUGUCAGUUAAAAAGCUCUCAAUCGCUUUACGGAAUUAUUUGACAGUCAUUACCAGUUUUAUGCAUGAUCUAUGUGGUGCGCCCUUAACAAAAAAACAACUCAGAUAUUCAUCUGCUAAGGAUUGAGUUGAAGUGUGAUAUUUUCGACAGUGGUUCUAAAGUAUAAUCAUAAUAAUAAGGUCUACACACAUUCAUCUAACGUCUUUUAAUUUUUGGUCAUGAGUAACAUUUACGUUACCGAACCAGCAACUCAUGGUAAAGUUAUUCUAAAGACAACAGUUGGGGAAAUAGAAAUUGAGUUAUGGUCUAAAGAAGCCCCUAAAGCAUGCAGAAAUUUUGUCCAACUGUGUAUGGAGGGCUACUAUGAUGACACAUCAUUUCAUCGGCUUGUUCGUGGUUUUAUCGUUCAAGGUGGAGAUCCGACAGGUACUGGAGAAGGUGGAGAAAGUAUUUACGGACAACCUUUCAAGACGGAAAUUCAUUCAAGACUAUCCUUUAACCGUCGUGGCCUUGUUGGGAUGGCGUGCCUUGAAGAAAACAUGAACGGGAGUCAGUUUUUCUUCACUCUCGGGCCGGCUACAGAACUUACAGGAAAACAUACACUGUUUGGUCGUGUGGCUGGUGAAACUCUAUUCAAUAUGCUGCGGCUCGGUGAAGGAGAUAUAGGUCGGAACGAACGGCCGUUAAGGCUUCAUCGGAUUGUUAGCACUUAUGUUAUACUGAACCCGUAUGACGAUAUUGAACCGAGGCAUCGGCCAAAGCAGAUAGUUCAAUCGGGUCCCGAAGAGGAACUUAAAGUCACUGCAAAAGCUACAAAGAAUUUCUCUCUACUAUCUUUCGGCGAAGAAGCGGAGGAAGAGGAAGAAAUUGUGAACACAGUAGUUGAGAAAUUUCGACAAAAGAGUAAAAGUGCUCAUGAUCUCCUUUCUGAUCCUCGUCUUAGCUCAAUCCCGGUGAUGAUAAGUGAUGAAGAUGCUGAGGCAGUUAAUCGUGCGAAAUCAGAAUUGGAAAAAGAAAUUCAAGAACGACAACGGCGACGUGAUGCAGCGCACCUUCAAGAAGAUGAAGCUAAAGCUAAACGAAUCGAAAUGUUGCGACAAGAAGCUGAAGAAUUACGUCGUCAAAUUGCAUUGUCAAAGCAGGCUGAAAAAAACAAACAGUUGAAAGAGAAGGAAGAAUUGGGACGUAAGGCCCGUGAAGCUCAAGAGCAAAAAGAACAGGAAGAAGCUGCCUUGGCCCGCUGGGAGGCUAAACAAAAAGGUGAACUUGGUGGUGAUUCAAAGACUACUCAACCUUUGGUAGAUGAUUUAGACACUUUUACAGCUGAUUUUGCCAGUUACAAAGCAAAAUCAAAAAAAGCUAUAAAGGGUUCUGAACGUGAAGCUGUAACUUUAUCAUUGUUGGAGCGAUUUGGUAAUCGUCUUCGUAGUGUUAUUGGUUCCGAAGAAUCAAACGAGGAGCUUGGCAAAUUUUCACCUAUGGAUGAUUGGAUGAAAAAUCGUCUAGUAUCAGAAGUUCCAACACCAGCUAGAAAAGUUCUUGAUCCUACUAUGCCACAUCCUGAUCGUUAUGAUUUGUAUGAUCCUAGAAAUCCACUUAAUGUUCGUAAGAGAGGUGGAGAUGUGGAAAGUGUGACAGAGAAAAAGUCUCGGCGUGUUUAAGGUGUUUCUGACAAUUUUGUAUUCAUUUUUCUGUACAUAAGUUGUUGUGAGUGUAUUUUAUAAACUGGAAUACAGCAAGUUUCUUCUAAUGAAUUAGACAAGUUUUUGUAAUUCUUGAUUCACUUCCCUUACAAAACAAUCAAAUUUGUAAAUAACUGAUUUUAUUAGCGCACACUGUUCAACCCAAAACUACUGAAUUUCUUGAUGACUUGGAUUUAUGCUUUGUGUUGAUGAUAAGCAUCGGGUGUAAUUGUUGGGGAAAAUUUAAAUAUUUAUUUAGAUUAUGUUAAUCAAACGAAAGUGUGUUUAUUCAACUGAUUGAAUAAUGAAACAACAGUUCGAUAUUCAUUAAAAUGAACUUAACAUUAUGGUUUUUUUGUUUCCGUCACACAGCUAGGGAAUUUAAAGAUUUUAUAAAAAGAUUUCACUGAGUUCACUUUGAAGUGAGUAGUGAUAAACUAUAGAUCCCAUGAAAUUGACUGUUUGAUUCCCAUUUGUAGUAAAUGAUAUGAUGUACCUAUAAAUAUAAUACAAUUCAUUUCAUUAAAAUUUGAGAAAAGUAGAUGUUAAUCUCUACUAUCAGCUAUAUGCUUAUGUAAAAGAUAGUAUUAAUAAAGUUAGAUGAUCUCACCUUUAAUUAAUAUUUUGAUGUUAUUACGUGUGUUAAAAUCUGUACUUCCAAUUCUUAAUUCCACUGCAGCACUCACAACCAAUAAACUUCACCUAAUUCGAAUAAAAUAAAGAUUUGAUGAGAGUAUUGGGAUUGUUUCAACAAUAGGGUAAUGAAUAUCUAGCCACAUAAUUAAUUUUAACAGAAUAAUGUAAACUCUCAUGUCUGUUAGCCUUUCACUUUAAAUACAUUACCCGAUAAUCGCAAUUUGUAAAUUAUUUUCAUUUGGUGCAGGCUGGAUAUCAGUUAGUGUAGUUACGUCG